UUGGGGGUUUGGGAUUUUGGGGAUUUGGGGAUUUGGGGUUCGGGUUCCCGGAAUUCCGGCCCUGCUCAGCCUCUCCCGGAUCCGCAGCAGCUCCGGAACCGCCUCGAAACGGAGCCGGGACCCGCCCGGCUCCCGCUGGGAAUUCCGGACCCCCCCGCCCAAACGGCUCCGAGCAGCUCCAGAAAAUUCCCCAAAAAAUUCCCAAAAUUCCCAGGAAAUCGUGGAGAGAGCGGCGCCGGCCCGGAGGCUGCAGAUCCCCGCCGGAAAUCCGGGAAUUCCGACGGGAAAUUCAGGAAUUCUGACGGGAAAUUUGGGAAUUCCAGCCAGAAAUUCGGAAAUUCCGGAAAGAAAUUCAGGAAUUCCGACGGGAAAUUCAGGAAUUCCAACGGAAAAUUCGGGACUCCUGGCUGGAAAUGCAGGAAUGGCAUCGGGAAAUCCGGGAAUUCUCUCGGGAAAUCCGGGAAUUCCGGCGCGUUCCCAACUUUCCGUGGCUCAGUUUUACGGGAGCCGGAAUUACCGGGACCCCCUGGAGCGGAAACGGCUCCGGGAGCUGCUGGGCCACGGAGAGAUCCCGGAAAAAACCUGGAAUUCCGGGAAUUCCGACAGGAAAUUUGGGAAUUCCAACAGGAAAUCCGGGAAUUCCAACAGGAAAUCCGGGAAUUCUGCCAGGAAGGGCAGCUCCAAAGGCAAAGGGAGCAGCGGGAAUUCCCGGAAUUCCAGGAUGGGGAAUUCCCAGAUUUCUGGAAUUGGGAAUUCCCACAAUUCCAGGAUGAAGAAUUCCCAGAAUUCUGGGAUUGGGAAUUCCCAGAAUUCCAGGCUGGGGAAUUCCCAAAUUUCCAAUGUUGAGAACUCUCGGAAUUCCGGGAUUGGAGAGAAUUCCCGGAUUUCUGGGAUUGAGAAUUCCCAGAUUUCCAGUGCUGGAAUUGGGAAUUCCCAGAAUUCCAGGCUGGGGAAUUCCCAAAUUUCCAAUGUUGAGAACUCUCGGAAUUCCGGGAUUGGAGAGAAUUCCCGGAUUUCUGGGAUUGAGAAUUCCCAGAUUUCCAGUGCUGGAAUUGGGAAUUCCCAGAAUUCCGGGAUCGAGAAUUCCCAAAAUUCCAGCCUGGGACGUUCGGGGCUGGAGAAUUCCCAGAUUUGCAACGCCGAAAAAUCCCGGAAUUCCGGGGCGAAGAAUUCCCACAUUUCCAGUUUUGGGGAUUCCCAGAAUUCCCAAAUUUCUGGCACUGAGAAUUCUGGGAUUGAGAAUUCCCGGAUUUCCGGCACUGGGAAUUUGGGGAAAUCCCAGAUUUCCGCUGCUGAGAAUUCCCAGAUUUCCGGGAAUUCCGGGAAUUCCAGGCUGGAGAAUUGUCACAUUUCCAAGACUGAGAAUUCACAGAAUUCCGGAAUUUCCAGCGCUGAGAAUUCCCGGAUUUCCGGCACCGGGAAUGUUGGGAAUUCCCGGAUUUCUCAGAAUUCCAUGAUGGAGAAUUCACAGAUUUCCAAUGCUGAGAAUUCCCAGAAUUCUGAGAUUGAGAAUUCCCUAAUUUCCGACGCUGGGAAUUCCCGGAUUUCCGGGCUGAGGAAUUCCCAGAUUUCCGGGAAUUCCGGGAAUUCCGAGCGCCGGGUGCUGCUGUCGGGGGCGCGGCCGCGGCCUCGGCUGCCCUCGGGCGCCGCCUUCUUCCGGAGCCGCAGGAAUUCCCGGAAAAAUCCCGGAAAAUCCCGGGAAACGCCCCCGGGAGAGGCGGGCAAGGAAAACCGGGAAGGGGAAAUUCCCGGGAAAACGGAACCGGAAAAGCGGAACCAGCCCCGGACCCAGGACUCCCCUGGAGCUGUCGCAGAUGCCCAAAAUUCCCAGAAUUCCCAGAAAUCCCCGGCCCCGCCGCAGGACUCAGGCUCUCGGUGUCCGGCCGGGCUGUUCCCGAUUUUCCUGCCCAGCAAGAGAAGGCCCCUGGAGCCGCUGCCGCCGCCCUCGGACCCCUCUGGAAAAUUCUCCAGGAAAUCCCGGGAAUGCGCCGGGGAGCAGCUGAUCAUCGACGCGGGGCAGCGGGGGCUGGGCCCGCGGCAGUGCGGAUCCUGCGGGAUGCUCUUCGCUCCCGGAAUUCCCGAGGAUCGGCUCCAGCACCUCCGGCACCACCGGCGGCUCCGGCAGGCGCUGACACACACCGGCUGGAAGCAGGAGCGCGUGGUGUCGGAAUUCUGGGAUGGGAAAAUCCUCCUGAUCCUGCCCGACGAUCCCAAAUUCGCCCUCAGGAAGGCCGCGGAGGUGCUGUCGGUGGUGGAUGCGGAGUUGGGGUUCCCGGAGCAUUCCCGCAUUCCCGGGCCGCAUUCCCGGGUUUCCGUCUACCUGUUCCUCAGCCCCGCGGGACGCGUGCUCGGCUGCCUGGCGGCACACCCCAUCCGGCAGGCGUACCGGCUGCUGCCGGAGCCGGACCCCCGGGACAAUUCCCAGGACAAUUCCCAGGAUAAUUCCCGGGAUAAUUCCCGGGAUUCCCUGCGGGCGUGGCGCUGCUCGGUGCAGCCGGAGCCGGCCGCGUGCGGGAUCAGCCGGAUCUGGGUGCUCCGGGCCCAGCGGCGCCGCGGCAUCGCCCGACGGAUGCUGGAGGCGCUCAGGCGCACGUUCGUGUUCGGGGCGGUGCUGAGCUUUGGGGAUUUGGCCUUUUCCGACCCCACGGCCGACGGCCGCGCCUUCGCCGCGCGCUGCUGCGCCCGCCCCGACUUCCUCGUCUGCCGCCCCGCCGCCGCCACAACGGGAUCCGAACCGGGAUCUGCUCCGGGAUCCGUGCUGGGAACACCGGGAUCCGCUCCAGGAUCUUCCAUGGGAUCAUUGGGAUCUGCUCCGGGAUCCGCCCCGGGAUCUGCGCUGGGAUCUGCGCUGGGAUCGUCGGGAUCUGCACCAGGAUCCACUCGGGGAUCCGCUUCGGGAACAUCGGGAUCUGCACCAGGAUCUGCUCUGGGAACAUUGGGAUCUGCUCCAGGAUCCGCACCUGGAUCCGCACCGGGAUCUGCUCCAGGAUCAGCUCCAGAAACACCAGGAUCUGCUCCAGGAUCUGCUCCGGGAUCUGCCAUGGGAUCAUCGGGAUCUGCUCCGGGAUCCACACCGGGA